AUGCAAGGUUGCUCCGUCACACGCCGUGUCCGCGUGGCGGGCGUUGAACCAGAAGAUAUAACGUUGCGGGUGGAGCUGUUCCGCACGUUUGCUGCCUACGGCGCCGUUGAAGAGGUGUGCUUCGAGGAGGACCGCGCCUUCCACAGCGGCGCGGCUAUUAUUCAGUUCCAGCGGCUCUCUGCGGCGGAGCGGUUUCAGAACGAUAUGACGGCGACGGGGCGACGCUGGGCCAUCAGUUUUCUUCCCCCAGUGGUGCACGUGGGAUCUGAGCUGCUCGUGACGUCUCCAAAGGCCGUCGACACGGCGUUCCUGCAUUCGCUUCUUGCGGGGGGCGAACCCGUCGUGAUGAUUGAGGAAAAAAUUGUGUCGGUUCCCAGCGCCUUGAAUGGCGAUGCGACGGCGGAUGCUGAAGGGUUUGCGGGCGCCAGCGACAGGGCCAGCAACGCCAAGGAUGAUGAUGUGAGAGGGACCUUUUUGACGGCUCUGGCGUGCGUGCGUGCUCGUGCCAUUGGGCGUUUCGCGGCCUUGAUGAGCUUUAAGACAGUGUACGACGCCAACAGCUUUCUAACCACACACCAGAUCUCUCUAGCAGCGACGAAGGAUAUGUACGUGACGCAUGUGGGGAGCAACGAGGUUCUUCAGCGGGCCUUGAAGCACGUCCUCUUGACGCGGCGUUCGGUGAAAAACGUUGCAAAGGGGCUCGUGUUGCGCGGCAUCGUUCUCCCACAGAGCAACAAGAGCAGUGGUAACAGCAUGAUGUACUGUGAAGUCGAUGCUGGACUGACUCGCAAGGGUCAUCCUAUUAUCCUCCGGACGCAAACAAAUUUCGUGAAGGUGUUUCCUUGGGAUGUCAUCGAGGCGCGACUCACGUCGACGGACGUGGCUGACAACAAGAACUUUCUUGAGGCCGAGCUUCGAGGGGUUGUAAGCACCAGGAAGGGCAGCUCAGUAGAGCAAAAACCGUCAGUCAUCCUGAACCGCUUGAGACACUUGGGCGGCGGCUCUAAUACUACUACUGCUGCUAAUGUUGCUGCGGCUGCUACCGCGCCAAAAAAUGGCAAGGCGCUUGCUGGUCGGUUGUAUCAGGCGCUGCAGGAACGCAGCAUGCGAUCCGAUCGCGCAGGCGAGUCACAAUUAUCGGCUGCUGCGGUUGAACGGGUGCACAGGUUUCCACAGGGAAUACAUCUCCUGUCGGUGGUGCCGGUGUGCAUUCAGCGCAUUGAGAACGAUGGGCUUUACGCAAGGACGGUUCCAGCGCUGCCGGCAGCGGCCAUGACGUCGGUGUCUUCUCAGGAGUGGCCAGUGUUUGUGCCCUCCAUGUUUGUGCCUCGACAGGGCGGUAUGGAAUGGCGCGACUUCGCUGUCCCCGGGGAGCGCAUGACAGUGGCCGUGCUGUAUGCCACUGCUGUCGGCGGAAGUGAAGCGUCGUUGCGGCUCGUCGCAUCGAAGCGCGAAACGGAAAUGCGACGCGCGUCGGCGCUGAUGCCUGCAACCCCCACGGAUGCAAAGAAUGAGGUGGAUGGCACAGAUACUACGGAGACUUCGUUGGUAGGCAUGGCAUUCAGCGGCAGCUGUGUGGUGUGGCUGCCCAGCACACCCAGCACUGAUGGCCCCGUCUACGUUGUGCUCCCAUCGUCGUCGGCACCACCGGUUCUUUUCACCAUCUCUAUUUUUCUGCACACGAAAGGAACGGCGGUGGAGAAGUCGCCCGAUGCGGCUGCGGUGGAUGUUGGGCUCCACUCCUUUGUUGUCUCUGAGCUCGUGCACGAUAGCCGCCGUGGCCGCUACGCAGUGGUGGUAGAAGAGCCGGAGUACCGCCAGAUGGAGGCCGAGCGCCGCGCUGCCCAAGAACAGCGAGAGUCGGAGCAAAACGAGUUUGUGCGACGCAUUUUGGCAGAGACAUUGGGCGGCGAUGCAGUCCCUACCGGUGGGGAGGAGAGUGAGAGUGGACGGAAGCGGCCGCGCUCUCCGCAGUCGGGGUGA